AUGGUCAAUUACCAGAAAUAUUGGGUUAAUUUUGAUAGGCGUACUCCUGAGUUUAGAAAGUGCCUCGAUGAAUUAUUUUUGGAUAUUGCCUUCUCUCAACCCGGUGUGAAAAAUCAAAUACGUUGUCCUUGUCCCAAAUACAACAUUUUUAUGUUCAAAUUUAGAAAUAAAGUUCAUCAUCAUGUGCGCCAAUGGGGGAUAGUGACCUCUUAUAAAACAUGGGUGCAUCAUGGUGAGAUACUUCAAGAUACAUCCACUAUAGAUGUGUCUGAUCUAAAUGAAAUUGAUUGUGAAAGGAAGAAUGAUUCUGCCACUUAUGAGAUGUUGCAUAACAUCUUUAGAGGAGAAACACUAGGGGAGAUGCCGAGAGAUUUCGCUACCAACAUAGAUGAAAAUAUAAAAGAAGAACCUCAUCAGGGGGCAAAGAGGUUCCAGAGGCUAAUGAGGGAUUAUGAGCAAAGCCUGUAUCCGGACAGUGGGAUAUCAAGGUUAUCUUUCAUUAUCAAGUUGUUUCAAAUGAAAUGUCGCUAUGGAUGGAGCAACAAUUCAGUUGAUGCUUUGUUGCUCUUUCUAGAAAGCAUAUUUCCAAAGGAAAAUUCUUGUCCAACUUCAUUUUAUGAUGCUCGAAAAGUGAUUCGAGAUUUGGGAUUAGAUUAUGAGAAGAUAGAUGCUUGUGUGAAUGAUUGCAUUUUGUUUUGGGGGCAAGAAUAUGCUGAUCUUGAUGAAUGUCCAAAGUGUAAGCAAUCUAGAUGGGUAAAGGGGAGGGGGAAUGAAAAGGAUAACCUUCGGAAGAAGGUACCCCAGAAGAUACUAAGAUACUUUUCGUUAAAACCUAGGCUUCAAAGGAUCUUCAUGUGUGAAGAAACAGCGCGAGCAAUAAGGUGGCACAAAGAGAAACGACUUGACAAUGGAGUCCUAAAACACCCAGCAGAUUCGAUGGCGUGGAAGACAUUCGAUGAGGAGCACGAAUGGUUUGCACGCUCUAAAUUCCCUGGCAAUUCUAUUGAUGUAUACUUAGAACCGUUAAUUGAAGAGUUGAAAGAAUUGUGGGAAGGGGGUGUUGAAACAUUUGAUGUGGUUCAGAGACGGAACUUUAAAUUGUCUGCUGUAGUUUUAUGGACAAUAAAUGAUUAUCCAGCCUAUGCUAUGUUAUCUGGUUGGAGCACUAAAGGUGCACUAGCAUGUGCGUGUUGCCACUGA